UCACGGGCGUUCUUGACGGAGCCACCGACGCGAACGCGCGCGGGGGCGGGGAAAAGGAAGGAGAAAGGGGGAGAGACGACACUACUCUUUCUCUCUCUCUCUCUCUCUUUCUCUCUUUCUCUCGUUCUCGCUUUCGCUCUCUCGAACGAGAUCUCUCUACUCCCUCGGUCCUCCUUCUCAGGGCGGUCCCCUUCUCGCACCCCGGGGGGAAGGGGGGAGAGGGUAGGCGCGACCGUGCACUCGCGGGUGCACGCGAGUAUCGACGAGCGGCGGGGAGUGGAGAGAUAGAAGAGAGAGGUGGGGAGAGGGGGUGAUCCCUCGUCGAGCUCUCUCUUAGCGAGCUCGCGGGCUCGCUUCGGGAUCGCUGGACCACGACGGGACCACGCGCGAGCCGCACGAUGACAACGAUGGCCGAUUUUAGAUGGCGAUAACUCGAUUCUGUUGCUUGACAGGAAUGAAGUUGACCACGAGUCGGAGCGGAGCGAGUCCUUCCCGCGAGCGCGCGGCACUACACCACGAUUUUACGGGCAGUAGUUGGAGAGCGAGGGACAGUGAUGAUCUCGAGACAGCGCCGACGGUGAUAGUGGUGGUGGUGGUGGAGACGGCGGUGUGGAUGAUGUGGAGUAAUACAACGACGACGGCGACGGCGACGACGGCGGUGGCAACGGCAGCGACGGCGGCGGCGACGACGACGGCGACGACGNCGACGAUGACGGCGACGACGGCGACGUGGAUCGGGACACCGUAAUGACACGAAGCACCGCGACACGUAACCGCGAACACCGACACUCGCGGUCGAGGCACCACGCCGCUAAAUUUUAUCUACAAGAUGUCUGUCUCUCUGCUUCUCCGCGGCGCGCACACUGACGGCUCCUCGGCGGGCAGGAGAACGGUCGCGCAACCCGCCGCGCGCAGCGAUCAUUCGAGACAGCCGAUUGGCUGUGCUGCCACCAGCUGCCGCCACCAGCUGCCGCCACCCGCGCGUCCAUCGCUCGCCGUCCGUGCCAGCUACAAUGAAAUAGCGAGGCGCCACUGACUGACCGCGAGUUCUCUCAUCGAUACUUUCCGUUCUUCCGCUCUUCGUUC